AUGAUUUGGGACUCGAUCGUGACUUUAUACAGAGUCAUACGGGUCCUGCUAUGCGUCAAUAUGCCAUUAAUCUAAGAGAACAGAGACGACUCCAGGCGCGUUGGCGAAGUGACGAGGCUCGCCUUGCAGGGAUCAUCAUGCUCCAGAACGAAAGUAUUGAAGUGGUCGUUCGUGGUAGACGGUUGAAUGUCUACGGCAGUCCACUCUCCCCCUUCUACUGCGAUUGGGCGUUUUCCUAUGCGCCAGAUGAGGAUCCUUGGCGGAUACGGGAGGAUGUCGAUAUUGUCAUUACGCAUUCUCCACCAAAAGGUACGAUGGAUCUAGUGCCGGGUCUCGUGCAUGAUGGACAUGUAGGGUGUCCGCACCUUCGCGACAGGAUAUCGCAGGUAAAGCCGAUGCUGCAUGUCUUUGGGCAUAUCCGUGAGUGUCUUUUGCUGUUACUGAGGGAGAAGAAGCUGACAUGUACAGAUGAAGGUGCAGAGCAGGGAUUGCAGCGGACAAGUCUAGACGAUGGCGGUGAAAUACUGUCUGUGAAUGCGGCCCUGCUGAAUGAGCGAUAUGAGGUGGCUUAUGAUGCUACUGUGGUUGAUCUGUAAGCUA